UUACAAUCGUUUCUUGAGGAAGAUUUUGGUCUGAUGUGUAAAAAUAUGUUUGUCACAAGUUCCUUGAUUUGAGAGACAAAAUAAUAACAAAAUAGUUGAAAUAAUAGAAAUUCAGCUAAAGUCACAGCUCAUUGUAUUUUCAAGACUAUUUUCCGGAUCCAAUAAUGCAUAUCAUGGACUAUCUCAAAGCUUGAAAACUAACACAGACUGAUGGAUGAAGCCUUAAAUUGAAGUGUUAUGUUAGAAAAUCUGUUAAGAGGUAGAUUUGGAAGAAUGGUGGGAACAUUCAGGAGCAAUGUCUGGGACCCUGUACUCAUUAUAAGCCAGAUAAUCAGCUUGCAGUGUCAGUUUAUAGUGACGCUAGGCGUCUGGGUUUACAUACUCAACUUCAUCUGCGGAUAUGACACUACUAUUGACCAGCUGUUCAAACAGGCUGAUAAAGGUUUAUUUACAGAGGGCCCUGGGAAAGCUAAUACUAUAGCGUAUGCAUUGAACUGUUUGACCAGUGCAUUAGGACUCUGGUUCAUAGUAGGUAGAACAAAGCAGUGUUUAGACUUUGCCAUCACGAUGCAUUUCAUACAGUUUAUCAUAUGUUGGAUUUACAAUGGACACAUACCACAUACAGUAUCAUGGUGGAUUUUAAAUUUAUGUGGAGUGACUUUAAUGACAGUUCUCGCAGAAUUUUUGUGUAUGAGGACAGAGAUUAAAGCUAUUCCAUUAGGUAUGGGACCAAAGGUUGACUUGUGAUAGAUUUGUCGCUGUGAUUGAAGCGGAAUGUGAACAAACUUGUUUGUGAUACAUGAGAACAGUGUAUUUAUCAUAUAAGUCAAAAGCGUAGGACAAAAUCCCCACUGUCUGCUGAUUUUAGGGUAGGCAGACAAAAUUUCCCAUAUUUAAAAACAUAUACAAUGUACAAAAUGUAUAUAAAAUACAAAGUUUUUUAGGUUAAAGGUCAGUAAUUCAAAUCCUCCUUUGUUUCUUAUAAAAACGACAACUUCAGGUCGUCUUUACAUAUCUUUAUAGAACAUCACUUUUUCCUACACCUAUUUUUUCAUGAAAGUUCUAUCAUAAAUUAACGAAAAAAUGAAAAGAAAAAAGGGGGUUGAAUAGUUUCUAGUGAAAUGCCAGUCAGUUGUGGUCUGCUACAUGUACCCUAAAAAUGGCACAAAGUCAUAUGGUUUUGAUCUGCAAAACCUGUUAUACAGGGUGUAUAACCAUGAAAACCAUCUCAGUUCAUGCAGAAUGUAGUCUAGCAGUGAAAAAGUGUGAUGAAAGCACUCAUUCUACACAAAUUUGCGCAAAAAAAAAUGGGAAAAUUAGGAUCUAUUUACUUUGGACUUCUUUCGACUACACCACGGAAGCACAUUUUCAACCGAAUUACUGACCUUAUUCCUUUAUCAAAACUUUGCAUGUAUGAAUCAUUAUGAUACUGUAAAGUUAUAUUUGUUUGUGGGUAAAAUUAAUGUUGAAAAAAAUGUCAGUUUUGAAGCUGUAAAAAAUGAAGUGGAAAUCUUGUCUACAUAUGUGAAGAUGAGUAUAGGAUGGGUGUUACUGGGAUGUUGUCUGGGAAUCUGCUUAUAAGUUAUAUAUAGGGGUUAUAUGAACCGUGCCAUGAGAAAACCAACAUAGUGCGUUUGCGACCAGCAUGGAUCCAGACCAGCCUGCGCAUCCGCGCAGUCUGGUCAGGAUCCAUGCUGUUCGCUAACAGUUUCUCUAAUUGCUAUAGGCUCUGAAAGCGAACAGCAUGGAUCCUGACCAGACUGUGCGGAUGCGCAGGCUGGUCUGGAUCCAUGCUGGUCGCAAACCCACUAUGUUGGUUUUCUCAUGGCACGGCUCAAUUAUGAUUUUUAAAAGGAAUAUUACAGGCAUGUAUUGAAAAGCUUUGUUAUACUGGGGUAUGUAUAUACAUGUAAUUAUAAGCUGUUUUAUAAAUUGAGAUUUACAUUGUUUUUUGAAUUACAAAAUAAGGGAAAUGUAAUGUAGUAAAACUACAUGGGUAUAGUAUUAGAGAUACAUUUUGCUGCACAAAGAGCUAGAAAUGUCUUUUUAUAUAGUGUUCAGAGAACUAGUUGCCAUUUGUACAUGUUACUUUCGAAUGGAUUUGUUAUCACAGCUUUAACCUCUACAGGUUAUUUUCCAGUUUUGUUUAUUAUCCAUCAUGUGCUUAAUCACCUUUGUAAGCUAUUUUCCAACAAAAUAACUUCCAUUUUUGAGUAAUGUUUGUUCAAAGGCCUUAAAAUUUAGCAGCCUUUUUCUAUAAGAAAAUAAAUUUUCUGUGAAAUGUAUAGGAUUUUUCCCCAUUGUUUGAUGAUUUAAUGUAACGGUUAUGUAAUAAAAUCUGGUAUGGCAGGACAAAACCUUUGUAUGCUAGACUUCGAAAUUGACCAGCACUGGAAUCACCUGCAAAUGAAAUUAAGGCAAUAAACCUGUUAUUGUCUCAACAGGUAGAAAGAAAGAUAGAACCUAUGCAUGUGCUAUUUUCUUACAAAGAGAGGGCAGAGGUACUCGGCUGCAUAUGGCAAACUGGAAGAAAAAUUGAAAUUUGAAAAAAAGUAAUUCUGUGAAGCAAGUGUGACAUAUGAUUACAGUUGAACAUCUGUGCAUCUGAUCUGGAUCCAUACACAUUUUUUGUUGCUGUGCCGUAAAACCAAAAUGGUCAUAUAUGGCCGAUCCCUAGCAUUGGUUUUUGCAAGGCGGCGCUCUUAUGUAGUAUUGAUGGCAGUAGAAUAUUUGAAUGGAGGUUUUCGAUAAAGACACCUUUAGUGCUUAGGGAUGGUUUAGCUGUGCUAAGAGCUUUGAAAAACUGUGUUAGAAUGUUGCUUGUUUUACAUGGUGUUUACUUUUCAAUAGCUGUCAUAUUACAUGAUUACAGUAACUGAGCGUUUAAACAGUCAUUCCAGCUCAUUCAUUAUUAUACCAGCAUAAAUAUUAUUUGAUGAAUUUGUCAUGAUUCUGGUAAUACAAGAUUUUUUCUGGAACUGCCUUUUUAGCUCACCUGUCACAAAGUGACAAGGUGAGCUUUUGUGAUCGUGCAGCGUCCGUCGUCCGUCCGUGCGUGCGUAAACUUUUGCUUGUGACCACUCUAGAGGUCACAUUUUUCAUGGGAUCUUUAUGAAAAUUGGUCAGAAUGUUCCCAUUGAUGAUAUCUAGGUCAAGUUCGAAACUGGGUCACGUGCGGUCAAAAACUAGGUCAGUAGGUCUAAAAAUAGAAAAACCUUGUGACCUCUCUAGAGGCCAUAUAUUUCACAAGAUCUUCAUGAAAAUUGGUCAGAAUGUUCACCUUGAUGAUAUCUAGGUCAAGUUCGAAACUGGGUCACGUGGCAUCAAAAAGUAGGUCAGUAUGUCAAAUAAUAGAAAAACCUUGUGACCUCUCUAAAGGCCAUAUUUUUCAUGGGAUCUGUAUGAAAGUUGGUCUGAAUGUUCAUCUUGAUGAUAUCUAGGUCAAGUUCGAAACUGGGUCACAUGCGGUCAAAAACUAGGUCAGUAGGUCUAAAAAUAGAAAAACCUUGUGACCUCUCUAGAGGCCAUACCCUUGAAUGGAUCUUCAUAAAAAUUGGUCAGAAUGUUUACCUUGAUGAUAUCUAGGUCAAGUUUGAAACUGGGUCACGUGCGGUCAAAAACUAGGUCAGUAGGUCUAAAAAUAGAAAAACCUUGUGACCUCUCUAGAGGCCAUAUAUUUCAUGAUAUCUUCAUGAAAAUUGGUCAGAAUGUUCACCUUGAUGAUAUCUAGGUCAAGUUCGAAACUGGGUCACGUGCCAUCAAAAACUAGGUCAAUAGGUCAAAUAAUAGAAAAACCUUGUGACCUCUCUAGAGGCCAUAUUUUUCAUGGGAUCUGUAUGAAAGUUGGUCUGAAUGUUCAUCUUGAUGAUAUCUAGGUCAAGUUUGAAAGUGGGUCAGGUGCCUUCAAAAACUAGGUCAGUAGGUCAAAUAAUAGAAAAACCUUGUGACCUCUCUAGAGGCCAUAUUUUUCAUGGGAUCUGUAUGAAAGUUGGUCUGAAUGUUCAUCUUGAUGAUAUCUAGGUCAGGUUCAAAACAGGGUCAUGUGCGGUCAAAAACUAGGUCAGUAGGUCUAAAAAUAGAAAAACCUUGUGACCUCACUAGAGGCCAUACUUGUGAAUGGAUCCCCAUAAAAUUUGGUCAGAAUGUUCAUCUUGAUGAUAUCUAGGUCAAGUUCGAAAGUGGGUCACGUGCCUUCAAAACGUAGGUCAGUAGGUCAAAUAAUGAAAAAAUGUUGUGACCUCUCUAGAGGCCAUAUUUUUCAUGGGAUAUGUAUGAAAGUUGGUCUGAAUGUUUAUCUUGAUGAUAUAUAGGUCAAGUUUGAAACUGGGUCAACUGCGGUCAAAAACUAGGUCAGUAGGUCUUAAAAUAGAAAAACCUUGUGAUCUCUCUAGAGGCCAUACCCUUGAAUGGAUCUUCAUGAAAAUUGGUCAGAAUGUUCACCUUGAUGAUAUCUAGAUCAAGUUUGAAACUGGGUCACGUGCCUUAAAAACUAGGUCAAUAGGUCAAAUAAUAGAAAAACCUUGUGACCUCUCUAGAGACCAUAUUUUUCAACAGAUCUUCACGAAAAUUGGUCAGAAUUUUUAUCUUGAUAAUGUCUAGGUCAAGUUCAAAACUGGGUCACAUGAGCUCAAAAACUAGGUCACUAUGUCAAAUAAUAGAAAAAACGACGUCAUACUCAAAACUGGGUCAUGUGGGAACAGGUGAGCGAUUCAGGACCAUCAUGGUCCUCUUGUUAAAAUAGCCAUUAAUUUCUCAGAUAUUUUUUACGGCGCCACUAGAAUGAAAGUGAAAUUGCAAAUGUUGGGAAUUUUUUCAUGUCAAAGGAUUUUUUUCUUGGCAUAUAUUUAAAAGUGAUCAUGUUAUAAGAUUUUU